AUGUCCAUACUGCCAUCAGCCGCUUCCGCCGCAACUGCUUCAUUAACUGCUGCGCAGUCCCUGAACACCACUUCAUCGAUCGCCGCUCAUUCCUCAUUGUCCUCGUCGUCGCGCGAACUACUGUCGCUUCCAUUUCGUGGGCUCUACCAGGCAGAGGCUUUUACAUUCUCUACCGUGCCUAAGCAGAUCGCUAAGCUAGUUGGGCUGCAAGAUAUGGCGACACGAUUUUGGGGGGCAGCUCCUGGGACGGGGCUGGAGCCUGAAGCAGUACUGGCAACGCAGACAGCGGCUGAGGCUGUCAGAGACGGCGUUGUUGAUGCUGCUGCUCAGGCUGACUCCAGUCUCCAUUUCUCCGACAUCCUCCAGGCAGUCAUGAAAUUCAGUGGUUUCUUCUCGUAUCUGACAAGCCGUUGGUCUUUAACCUGCUUUACCGUGGCUCUUGUAUUGAACAGGAUUACCAUAUAUGCUUCCACUAGAAGACACCUUAAUCUCGAUUGGACUAGGCGAUUGGCUCUGCGGAUUGUUCCCAUUGUCCUCUUUAUAACUCAAAUCUACGCCCUUCUUCGGUCUAUCCGUUGUCAAACAUCCCCGGAAUACUCUACGAUACGCUAUGGUACGCCAGGGAAGCGCUUGCUAUUCGACCAUUCUGGAGGCGGUGGCUUUUUGCAUUCCCUAAGCUCCACCCUUUUGCCUUGGGAAACAGACGAGCAGUCUUGCAGUGCGGUGCAUAUGGGUCGUCCUGUAAAUGCCUCGGACAUAUCAUAUGGCUCUUUCCGACUACUCUGGCCAGUUUUCAUACGCCUCUGCCUCAGUCACUUUGUCGAGACCGUGUCUUGCGCUUUGCAGGGACGAGCAGUCGUCACAGAAGCUGGCAUGUCUAUUUUCGAACACUCGCUUGCAUUUGCAGAGGCGGAAUCUGUGAUCAGCCAAACUCUUGGUCUUGGUAUAUUUGGGUUGUCCAAGCAAAGCAGUCCUAAAGAUAUCGCUGGGGAGGGCGGGCAAUCUACCCUGCAUAUCCUGACUCGAGCUCAAGCUCUAGAGCGAAUGAAUGUCACCCCCGAGUUAUUACUGAUCGCGAUGAUAUCGUGUUGCAACAGUCUGACCUCAAAUGUUCUAGAUGUCAUUGGCAGACAAAGUCGUUACCGCUUGGUGAAUACCGCUUUCUGGGGCCUUUGCUUCAUGUCGGCUAUGGCAUGGGGCUUGUUCGGCAGUUCGGCAGUUGGAAGCGACAAUGUCGUUCUGAAAUUUCCGACUGUCUGCAUUGUAGGGUUCGUUCCGCACCUUCUCAUACUGCUAGGAAUUAUCGCCUGCGUCUUUAUAUACGCGAUUGCCCUGAUUAUCACAGCAUUUUCGCUACCUACGCAGACUUCGGGUCCUUUGUCACUUCGAGAAAGAUUUUCUCUGGCACAUGAGAAUAUGCAGGGCGCCAGCCAGAUUCAGAAUAUUCGUCUUAACUGGCACGAGGAUUUCUACAGCACGCUGCUGAGGAUCGGUUACACAGCUUUAACGGCUGCUAGCGAGGCCGUCUUUCUUAAUGAAGGAAGACGGGUUUCCGCGCGCAGGAUGACUUGGCUAGAACAGGACAGGCUGGCCGAAAUAGAGUCUCAUCGCAAGCAGUCAUCUUGGAACCUUCGCAGUGACCCUUCCGGGGAUAUGUGCUCUGAGAAUGGGGAGUUAGACUUCGAUAUUCCCGAGUCAACCGUGGAAUGGGAGAGCGGAUACUCGCGCGAAAAGAAGAUCGAGAAGCCCAAGCCAGGCUCCAGGCCUGUUCGUCCGCAGAAUGAUGCAGGCGGUGUGGGUACCUUCAGGGGCGUGGUUCGAUGUUACCAUGGGUUCGCCUUCUUCCGCGGCAUCUUCUAUCUCGUCCUGAAGUGGAUUUCAUACGGAUUGGACAAGCUUCUUUCCCGGAUGGGCAUAACUGCCCGCCCACAGUGGUUGAAAUCCGCGGUAGGGUCACCAAAGGACUCGCAGAAGAAGAGAAAGGGCAACCGCAUGGAUACUCUAGACUUUUGGAUUUUGACAGAUGAUGGAGUUUUAGAGCUGCCUGACGAUCAUGAAUUCGAUGUAGAAAGAGAGAUGCGGAAAAGAGAAAGGAAUCAGGCCGCUGGCUGGGAGGAAUCCGAUGAACGCCGGCUUGAUGAGAAACUCUACGGUUGGUGGAAAGUGGGAGGCUCCUGGGGCAAUCAGGACCAGACCUCUGACUAUACACCGUCUGUUGGUGAUUGGGAAGACACCACGAGCGUCAUAUCGAUGUCGACAACGGCCGACUCCGAGUGGGAAGGGUACGAAUCCGACGGUCGUCGCACUCCCACUCAAGAAGACCCCUUUCCAGGUCGUUUCUCCCGAGAAAAAAGCAGACACGAAGCGCGCAUAUUGUCUGCUCACCUGGCUGCCGGCCGUGAGGGUCGGAUAAUGACCCGUCGGCAGUUCCAGAAGCACGUUGAACGCGACCGAGCCCAAAUUCUGCUAAGCUCACGAUUGGCACGGCCUUCCACAUAUGAAUCUACUAACGGCAAGCGCAAGCCUACCUCCGAGGAAGAAGCUGAGCUUCUCGAAAACCUCAUCCUUUCGCGAAGAGCCGAGAUGUCAUCCGCUCGAAGCACAGACGAGCAGACGUGGGAAUCGGGCGCCUCGGGUCUUGGUCCUAGCGGGCCGCCAUGCGUCAUUUGCCAGACCAACCCACGGUCCAUCAUCACCUGGCCAUGUCGGUGUCUCUGUAUUUGUGAAGAUUGCCGUGUCAGUCUCGCGAUGAAUAACUUUGGAAAUUGUGUGACAUGCCGCCAGGACGUUGCAGGCUAUGUCCGGCUAUGGGUCCCAUAAGUCUCAUUUACAUCUCCUCUUGUUUUUCUUUUCAGCAUCUUCCUCAUGCUUGACAUAACGAGGUCUUCAUUUAGCAACAUUAGCGUAAUCUGAAUGCAAAGCGAUAGAUAGAGUGAAACAUGUACAAUCUACCAUCUAGGAUAAAUAAUAUAUUGCAG